GUACAAGCGACUCUGAAACCGACAGUCGCGAGAGACGGACGGCUGCGCGUAUAGUCGCGCACAUAAUAUAAUAACUCUCGGGGAUUGUAUAAAAAUAAACUUUCAAUUACUUUAUUUUAUUAAUAAAAUAAAAAUAAAUGUGUUAUUGUAAAUUUUAUAUUUAAAAUAAUAAAUGUUGUGUUCUUUUUUUGUGUGUGUUCGGUGUAGUGUCAAAACUUUGGUGUAGACUUAAGAUUAAAAAAGUUGGGAUGUUGACAAGUACAUGAUAACAAGAUGUGAAACACAGCAUCAUGGGGGAUAAAGACUGUAACAACUGCAGUUUUUGGAUCGACAUCAACGAAACUAUUUAUAGGAAUAUCUCCAGAAAUGAGACGACUAUCAACAAGUUCUAUUUCUACCAGUCAGCACAAUUGGCCAUUCUAUGGAUGCUACUGGUGACAAUAGUGGCUGGCAACGCGACAGUCGUGCUUGCCUUACUCCUCACAAAGUCAAGAAAGAGCAGAAUGAACUUCUUUAUCAUGCAACUGGCCAUUGCAGAUUUAUUAGUGGGUCUAAUAAGCGUGCUACCUGACCUCAUCCAGCGCAUCACGAUCACAUGGCUAGCCGGCUCCAUCACGUGCAAAAUGAUGAAGUAUCUACAGGGCGUGGUGACAUACUCCUCUACAUACGUGCUGGUUGCUCUCAGCGUGGAUCGGUGUGAUGCUAUCACGCAUCCUAUGAAUUUUACAGGAAGCUGGCGCCGGGCUCGCGCUCUCAUAUUAGGAGCGUGGUUUGUGAGCUUCCUAUUCUGUGUGCCCAUGCUAUUUCUCUUCGACGAAGCUAAUGUUGAAGGUAUAUACCAAUGCUGGUCCGGUAUCAGCAAGCUACAAUGGAGGAUAUGGAUGACCAGCGUCUUCGUGUCCUUAUUCGUCGCUCCAGCGUUGACAAUAUCCGCCUGUUACGGAGUCAUCGUGGUCACUAUACGUCAGAAAAGCAACCGGGUGUUGGGACGACGUGCGACAACGACCAGGCAAUAUAGUGACGACCUGGACAGCCGGCGAGCCAGCAGCCGCGGCAUCAUACCGAAGGCGAAAAUUAAAACUGUCAAAAUGACAUUUGUUAUCGUUUUCGUAUUCGUUCUCUGCUGGUCUCCUUACAUGAUUUUCGACUUACUCCAAGUGUACGGCUACGUCCCAGACACGCAAGCGAACAUAGCUAUCGCUUCGCUAAUCCAGAGCUUAGCGCCGCUCAACUCCGCGGCCAAUCCGGUCAUAUACUUCAUAUUUUCCAACAGGAUAUUUGUGAGUCUCAGGAACAUACCACCAUACAAAUGGUUAUGGUGCUGGGUGCGAGCGAGCGACAGCCCGACGGGCAACGAAUCGCGAGCCCACACAGAGUUACUGACGUCAUCACAUCGAAGAACGAGGCACGAGUUGACUAUACGAGUAAAAGACGACAGCGUGAAAUUCCCAAAGCAACGUCUCCACCAAUGCAACAGCACAAACUCUAAGAAGGUUCGUCUACACUUACCGGACCAACAGCUGAAUAACAACUGCCAUCCAGUACACAGAAGACGAGAGGAUACCUUUUUGUAGAGUUAUGAGUAUACCAAAAAACAAGCUUGUAUUAUAAUCUGAAAUAUUUAUUUUUUUCCAUCGACCGACAGUUUAGUCUGUAGUAUGCGGGAGUUCUUAAGGCUGCUACACACAAUGUCGGGGUGUAUUACUACUGCCGAACAGCAUAAACUUGUAUUUUACAUGCCGCCGGCAUGCCGCUCGGUAAAACCGGCGGCACUGCCAACGGCAAUGUGUGUCAAAAUACGGCAGCAGUAUCAUCAUCCUCCGAACCAUUUUCCCAACUAUCUUGGGGUCGGCUUCCAGUCUAAGCGGAAGUAGCUAAGUACCAGUACUUUCGGCAAUACGGCAGCAGUAAAACUCUACAGAAACUACAAUACAUUACAAAUGACUGCAUUACUCUGAAAUUGGCUACAUUGUCUAGUAUCGAGAUGGUCAAAUGUACCAAGAAAUCCCUACUGCACAUAGGCAAGGCAGCGAGUGGCUGUCUUCAGACGAACAAAGUUAUUUGACAAGCACUGUAAGUAACACAUUACACUCUUUGGCGUUGCGCAGUCGGGUAAAAUUAUGUAACAAACCAGACAAAGAUUUUUACGAAGCUAGUUAAGACCAGGAAUUUAUCGAGAAAAGUACACGAAAUUAGAUUAAGAAUGUAUAAAAGAAGUUUUAUAUGUACCUACAUGUAUACUGUGUAAUUUUAAUAAAUGUGAAAUAUUUUAGACUAACUAUGAUUAUUACGACGAAUUGAUUAAUUAAUUAUUAAGAUUGUUUAAGGAAUGCCCUGAAUUAAAAAUUAAUUUUUACUCUUGAAAAUAUUUGAUGAGCGAAACUGACAGUUACGUUGCAGUAUUUUGUUUCUAUUAAUUUCAAAUACGUGUAAGAAAAUAAGUUCAAAACAUUCGGUAACUACGCUUGUUUUAUUGUCUAAAAAAAAACUAAAUGUUAAUUGAAAAAAUACUUCUAGUUAAAAAAACCCGUCCCGAUGUGUAGUAUACUUAUUUUAUCAAUUGCCUCUGACAAAUUGCUUAUACAUAGUUGAAAACCUUGUACCAAAUUCUAGUCGAUAAAGAUAUAAGACGCAAAUAUUUCGAGUCUUUCUUUGACUUCGAUGUUUAACAGUUUAAUCGGCAUCCCCCAAAAGAGUGGGGGAAAGAUAAAAACCUUUUUUUUAUUAAUUAAGUAUAUACUGCCUAUGCUGCCACCAAAAUAAUUAUCCAAAGAAAAAUUGUGAUUCCAUCUACCCCCUGCUUAAGUUAAUGAAUACUUUACCUACGUCAAUAGAUAGGCUUUUUCAAUUUAAAUCCCAAUUGCCGCAAAAUAGCAACGAAAAGAGCUUCUUUAUUUUGAUCUAGAAAAUUAUUUUUUCUUUCCCUAAUAUGAAAAAAUGUGUUUUAUCGUAACGAGUAAGUAGCGAACGAGAUACAGGGACUAUUUAGAAAAGUAUCUACAUUUUCGGUCUACUAUUUUGUACGACGGUAUAGAUCUCUUGAACCAAACUUGUUGUAAAUAGUUUUAAUGUAUGUCAUUGUUCGAUAAAGUUUGUUUCAUACUGGCAUGAUGUCGAAGUAAAACAUAAGAUACUGCGUAGUACAUAAUAUUAUGGCAAUCGGUCUGAUUACACUGAUCUACAAAUUAGUGUAUAUUUUUUUCAAAUAUUCUAAAAGAAACUAUAUAUUUCACCUUUGCACUAAAAAUGCUAUUGACUAGUGUUAUUGUAGCCUGUUCUCCCUAAGGAGAUCAUCUUUUCAUAAGAGCCUGUAAAACCAAAAUAUUUCAUGAACACUGGUGCACUUUCUAUUCUCUCACUCACUCUCAUAGCCCGACGGGACUGUAAUAUGACACCACCGGAGAAUUAGGUAUCAAGCGCAGAGCCAACAUUUUUGUGCUCUCAAGACAUGGGCAUAUUUAAGACAUGCCUGUAUCAAUCACCAACUCCCUAACUCCGGGCUGCUUUGUGUUAAAGUGUACGUUUUUUAAUAAUGUUUCGUGUCGACUUCGUGCCAGUGCGACUCAAACCUAAGUGUAUAUUGUAUGUUCAAAACAUUUGAUAUGAUCUAGCAUAAAGGUGCCAAACCAGAUUGGAGUCAAACUCUAGUCAACAUGUGUUUUAUGUGUAUUUUUAAAACUAAAGCAUGUACUUCGAAAGUAGUCUUGUAUGGUAUUUUAUCUAUAGAAAUAUCAUACUGUAGUGAAAUACCAUAUGAGAAACUGCACUGUUUAUACACUGUAUCAAAGAAGAGAAUAUUAGAAUAAAUGUAUGGAAUUCA